UUGUGGAACAUGUGAAUGUCUUUUCGCUUCAGCAUUAUCUAAUUAAUAUUGAUGUUGUUUUUAUAAUGCUCAUGCAUUGUAUACAGUACUUUAAGUGAGCUUGUAUAACUUUAUACUGAUAACUGAAAUACUGACAUUGAGUGCUGCGACACUACAACAUAUUAUUCCAAUGAUAGUGUACUUAUCUAAAUCUGUAAGUGAUUUAUACACUGGAAUUCCACAGCUGUUGCAGGUCACUGGAUCAUAAUGAACAGCACCAUUCAGAAAGAUCAGUUUUAUGACUCCUUCAUCAAGAACUUUAUUAGUGUAGUCUUCGGCCUAAUCAUCAACUAUAUCAAUGGGACAUUUGUGCUUGUCUUCUUCAAAAGUUCUAUUUUCUAUAGUGACCCAAGAUACAUUUUAUACACCCAUUUGGUAAUCAAUGACAUGAUAAUGCUGUCCAUUUCUGUGGGCUUACAAGUCACAACAUAUGCUGUGGGUCCCUUCAGUCUCUCAGUUUGUUGUGUUGUUUUAUUUGUUACCGUUAUAGUCACCAAGAACUCUCCACUGAAUCUGGCCUGCAUGGCAAUAGAGCGUUACAUCGCCAUUUGCAAGCCACUACAUCACCCACAAAUAUGUACAGUUCGCAGGACAUACAUGCUCAUCUGGUUCAUAUGGAUUCUGUCAGCAGUGCCGGCUUUCAGUGAUAUAUUCAUUACAUUAUCAACUCGUACAGAAAGCUUUUUCUCUACUGCAGUUUUAUGUCACAUGGUGAUCAUUCGCAACACCUGGCAACACGUAGUCAAUGAUACUGUGUCAAAUGUUGUGUAUUUGUUAUUUGUGUGGAUUACACUGAUUGUCACCUACUUUAAGGUUCUUUCUGCAGCAAACGCUGCGAGUGCAGAUCGAGUGUCUGCUAGAAAGGGCCGGAACACGAUACUGCUGCACGGAGGUCAGCUUUUACUGUGUAUGAUGUCCUACAUCACCCCACUCCUCAGUACAGUGCUUGUAGAUCUUUUUCCCCAGAGUCGAACAACCAUUCUGUUUCUUCUGUUUUUGUUUUCAAAUGUUCUACCAAGGUUACUAAGCCCACUGAUCUACGGGUUAAGAGAUAAACAAUUUGCUGAGCGUGUGAAAGUGUAUUUUUGUUGCAAAAAGACACAGAUAAUACGAGUGACCUAA